GCCGGGAGCCUCGGAGUCGAACCUGAAUGAAAGUGGCGCGCCGCUGAGGAGCCGGGUGGGGCGGCUGGCGCUGGGGUUCGGGCCACUGGCUCCAGAGCGGUCGGCUAGGUGGCGGUGUGCGGCGCAGACAUGGCUUACAACAAGAUCCCGCCGCGGUGGCUGAACUGUCCGCGGCGCGGCCAGCCGGUGGCAGGAAGAUUCUUACCUCUGAAGACAAUGCUGGGGCCAAGAUAUGAUAGUCAAGUUGCUGAAGAAAACCGGUUCCAUCCCAGUAUGCUCUCAAAUUAUCUAAAGAGUCUGAAGGUUAAAAUGAGCUUGUUGGUGGAUCUGACAAAUACUUCAAGGUUCUAUGACAGAAAUGACAUAGAAAAAGAAGGAAUCAAGUAUAUUAAACUUCAGUGUAAAGGACAUGGUGAAUGCCCCACAACUGAGAAUACUGAGACAUUCAUUCGCCUGUGUGAGAGGUUUAAUGAAAGAAGCCCGCCUGAACUUAUAGGUGUUCACUGUACCCAUGGCUUCAACCGGACGGGUUUCCUCAUAUGUGCCUUUUUGGUGGAGAAGAUGGAUUGGAGUAUUGAAGCAGCAGUUGCUACGUUUGCCCAAGCCAGACCACCAGGAAUCUAUAAGGGUGAUUAUUUGAAGGAACUUUUUCGUCGCUAUGGUGAUAUAGAAGAAGCACCACCACCACCUGUCUUACCUGAUUGGUGUUUUGAGGAUGAUGAUGAAGAUGAUGAGGAUGAAGAUGGAAAAAAGGACUCAGAACCAGGGUCAAGUGCUUCCUUUGGUAAAAGGAGAAAAGAACGGUUAAAACUGGGUGCUAUUUUCUUGGAAGGUAUAACUGUUAAAGGUGUAACUCAAGUAACAACUCAACCAAAAUUAGGAGAAGUACAGCAGAAAUGUCAUCAGUUUUGUGGCUGGGAAGGGUCUGGGUUUCCUGGAGCACAGCCUGUUUCCAUGGACAAGCAAAAUAUUAGACUUUUAGAACAGAAGCCAUAUAAAGUAAGCUGGAAAGCAGAUGGUACUCGUUACAUGAUGUUGAUUGAUGGCACAAAUGAAGUUUUUAUGAUUGACAGAGAUAAUUCAGUGUUUCAUGUUUCAAAUCUGGAAUUUCCAUUUCGUAAAGAUCUGCGCAUGCAUUUAUCAAAUACCCUUUUGGAUGGGGAAAUGAUCAUUGACAAAGUAAAUGGACAGGCUGUUCCAAGAUAUUUGAUAUAUGACAUAAUUAAAUUCAAUGCACAACCAGUUGGAGAUUGUGAUUUUAAUAUUCGCCUGCAGUGUAUUGAACGUGAAAUCAUAAGUCCACGACAUGAAAAAAUGAAGACUGGGCUCAUUGACAAAACACAGGAACCAUUUAGUGUGAGACCUAAACAAUUUUUUGACAUCAAUAUUUCAAGAAAGCUCCUGGAAGGAAAUUUUGCCAAAGAAGUCAGCCAUGAGAUGGAUGGACUUAUUUUUCAGCCUAUUGGAAAAUACAAGCCUGGUCGAUGUGAUGAUAUUUUGAAAUGGAAACCUCCAAGUCUGAACUCUGUGGAUUUUCGACUUAAGAUAACAAGAAUGGGAGGAGAAGGGUUGCUUCCACAGAAUGUUGGCCUUCUCUAUGUUGGAGGUUAUGAAAGACCCUUUGCACAAAUCAAGGUGACAAAAGAACUAAAACAGUACGACAACAAAAUUAUAGAAUGCAAAUUUGAGAACAACAGCUGGGUCUUUAUGAGACAGAGAAUAGACAAAAGUUUCCCAAAUGCCUACAACACAGCCAUGGCUGUGUGCAACAGUAUCUCGAACCCUGUCACCAAGGAGAUGCUUUUUGAGUUCAUUGACAGAUGUGCAGCAGCUGCCCAAGGACAGAAGCGAAAGUAUCCCCUGGACCCUGACACAGAGCUCAUGCCACCCCCACCUCCCAAGAGACUGCACCGGCCAACCUAGUUCCUGCCUCUGCCCUCAUGCUCCAGAGGGAAGAAGAGUGGAAAGAGUGUUGUCGCCUCAUUUACACAGCCAGAGAGAUUAAAGAGACAAUUGUGUACUGACGCCUGUGUUUUGAGGGAAGACAUGUAGCCAACCUGUAUAUAUUUGGUACAUUUGGUUUCUCAGAAAUACAGUACAUCAUGGACCUAAAUAUUUUAUUUAUACCUGAUAAAUUCAGCCUUACCUUUUGGAGUCUGAAGAUUGAAAUAUCCAAAGGUGUAAAUCAAAUUGAAGUCAAUGAAAUAGAGGCCUUGUUUGUAUGUGAAUAGAUACCUUUACAUUUGAUUCAUAACUAGCAAUCUGAAAUUGUGAGCUCAUUGAGUUUUUUAGAAGUUGGAUUUUAAGUUUUUCUCCUAAAAAUGUAGGCAGUGGCAUCAGAAAUUCUUGCUGUCACUUAUCAUGGAUUUCCUAUAUUUCUGAAUUUUCUAUAUUAUGAACAAUGACAAGGUCAAACAUUAUGCACAUUAAACAUUUUGUCUGGCUAUACCAUUUUAAGGUUUUUUUUUUGUUGUUGUUGUUGUUUGUUU